GAGUACACUUUUUCCGAAGCGAGAUCACUGGUGCGGUAUACGAGGUUGUUACGACUCGCGUUCGAGAACGCACGUGAAACCGGUGUGUGUGCUUUGCUUACACUUUUUGGUCAAUUUUAUUUUAAAAGUAACAGUUGUCAUAAUUUUAGAAGGUGCAUUGGAUGUUCGACAAUGGCAGACGAAAUAGAAGGCGAAGUACCAAAUGUGAUUCGUGUGGGCUCUCGAAAAAGCGAGCUGGCUCUCAUUCAAACCAACACGGUGAUAGAAAGGCUGCAGGAACUGUCCCCGGAUCAAAAAUUUGAAGUCGUCACCAUGGAAACGAUCGGAGACACAAUCCAAGACAAGCCGCUUUCCAGCAUCGGCAUCUCCAGCCUGUUCACCAAGGAACUGGAGAGGGCGCUAGCCGAUGACAAAAUCGACAUGAUCGUCCAUUCCCUGAAGGACCUGCCCUCCGUGUUGCCAGACGGUAUGGUGAUAGCGACAGUCUGCAAACGAGAUGAUCCCCACGAUGCAUUGGUGCUGAGCAAAAAGCAUGCUGGGAGAACUCUGGAGACGCUCCCACCGGGAAGUGUAGUUGGCACAAGUUCUGUGCGCCGUGUAGCUCAACUCAAAAGGAAGUUUCCACAUCUGGAGUUUAAGGACGUUCGCGGUAAUCUGAACACAAGGUUGCGUAAACUAGACGAAGGCGAUAACUACACGUGCUUGAUCUUAGCGGCAGCUGGAUUGCACAGAAUGGCAUGGGAACACAGAAUAAGUCAGGUUCUUCAUCCCGAUGUCUGCAUGUACUCCCCGUGCCAAGGCGCCAUGGCCACCGAGUGUAGGUCCGACAACCCACGACUGAUGCGGUUUCUGUCCACGCUACAUGACCCAGUGACGCUACUGCAGUGCGUCUGCGAGCGGGCCUUGCUGCGGACGCUACAAGGGGGCUGCAGUGCACCGGUGGCAGCAGACUCGCAAGUCGCUGACGGAAAGAUAAGAUUAAGAGCAGCAGCAUUUAGCCUCGACGGUUCGGAGUGUGUAGAAGAGACGCAAUCGGUUGCCUUGCCUCCGAACUCACUAGAGAAAGUGGAGCCCUCGGACCGCACCGAUCCCUUCCGACUCUACUCCUUCACCGUUGCCCCCAACCUAUCCCAUGAUGCCUUGCAGGCUGCCGAGCAACUCGGGUCCACUGUUGCCACGGCGAUGCUCAAAAAUGGCGCCGACAAGAUCCUGGAAGCGGCCAAGCAAGAAAUUGAGGCGAGACGGAACAAGCAGGACUGAUGCGUUUUUAGCAUGGUUAUUAACCUAUCUGUGUUUGUAUUCCAAGCUUGAGCGUUAUCCAAACUGAUAUUGGCUCCGUGCGCAAACAAGCGAGGGCGCUUUUUUACCACUUUUGAGAGCUCAGGGGAGGGGACACACUGCGUGCACGUACUGGUUCACUUGCGUAUGGCACAAGGUGAAGUACGCACGGCUUAUUUUAUUCACAAUGUGCACAAAGCCACUAGCGUUUUUUUGCGUGAGCGUCAGCAACGCGUAAGAAUGUCCCUCCCAGUGGUCCCCUAACUCUCCCUUUCUUACCGUUGAGGGGGUACUUGUGCACGGAGCCCAUAGCAUAAUGUGUUACGCACAAUUAGUAAAAUGAGAAUUUCAAAGUGCUUAGUCACGUGCGUGCACUCAGUGUUGGCGACUUAGGCCAAGUUCGCGCAAGGACUAUAGUUGACCAAUGGUUAACUAACGUUUGCCCGAACUCUGUCUGGUCGAUGGUGGUUGACUUCGCUAGUCGACUAUUUGGAACCAGCCUACUGGGGUUGGUUGCUUCGCUGGUAACCAAUAGCCGCGCGCAUUCAUAACGCUAGCAGAGAGCCAGGAUCCAGAAGUUUUGCGAUGACAUUUUGACCAGCGUUUGACUAGAGACGUUCGCAUGUUGCUAUCAGUGCGCAGGCGUAAGGUACGUCACAAAUCAACCACUAGUCGACUAAUGGUCCUUGCCCGAACUUGGCCUUUCUUGGACCCAACGAAUGAGGAUUAAAAAUACUACUCCAUGUACAAGUUUCACUACUGCAUUUUGCAAGACAUUCCAUAAUAUUCAUGAAGCCAAGAAUGAAGAAUCCAAUGAUACAAAAU